AGUAGGUCGAGUGAGGAAGUGUACGCUUCCAUUUUCUCGUGCCUCACGACGAACACGGGGAACACGUGCUUCGUCGCCGGUAGCCGCGCACACGACACGCUCUGCUCGUUCGAGAAAUCGAUUGGGUGAUUUCUCUUCAAGUAACUCGUCCGCUGCCCGUCGUUUCUCGUUUCUCGACGCGCGACAAGGAAGUUAAAGCAUGAAUCCCGAGAAGCUCAAGAAGCUGCAGGCCCAAGUACGAAUCGGCGGUAAGGGUACACCUCGACGCAAGAAGAAGGUUGUGCAUGCAACUGCUGCCACAGAUGACAAAAAGUUACAGAGUUGUCUAAAGAAACUUUCUGUAAAUACAAUCCCUGGUAUAGAAGAAGUUAAUAUGAUCAAAGAUGACGGUACAGUCAUUCAUUUUAAUAAUCCAAAAGCCCAGGCCAGUUUGUCUGCUAACACAUUUGCCAUCACUGGCCAUGGAGAAAAUAAACAGAUAACUGAGAUGUUACCAGGAAUAUUGAGUCAACUUGGUCCCGAGGGCCUGACGCAGUUAAAACGAUUAGCGAGUACAGUUGCUGGCAGUGCUGUCGGUAAAGCCACAUUAGAAGAGGAUGAUGAGGUGCCUGAUCUAGUGGAGAACUUUGAUGAAGCCAGCAAAGAAGAGGUUGCUCCAAAAAAGGAAGUAGAUGAAAAUGAUAAACCCAAUGGCGAAAAAAAAGAUGCCAUUAUUAUUGAAGAGAAGAAAGAAGCUCCAUUAGCUACAUCUGAAGCUUAAGGAAAAGAAUAUCGAGAUGUAUCAUACAACAAUUAAAGUUGUAAUUGAUAAGUCACGAGAAGUGCAAGUUGCAAAAGCAAUGCAUAAAUGAAGUAUAACUAUACAUACAUUAUAGAUACUUGUCAUAAACCCUAUGAUACUUGCUAAUAUAAGUAACAGUUGACGACAAAUAAAAAAAGCUCUGUUACAAAAAUCAAAAAGAUUUUUCAACGAUAUUAUUUUAUUAUUUUGGUGGUAUCACUAAAGAUCAUUUUUGCUUCGAAUUAGUCGAGAUGUUCUUAUUCGCCCCCGAAUUAAUAUCGUGUGACGCUUUAACUGUUUAAAAUGUCAAUGAGACGAGCAUUUAUUGGAAUCAUAGAAUCAUAACAAAUGCGCUAUGAAUUUGUUAUUAAUACAUUGAUAAAGAUGCAUGUGCAAAUUUGUUUUUGUCAAAUUACAUUGAAUUUUAUAUAAUUAUAUUAUAUUGAAUUUUUAUUUUAUCCUAAUCAGCUAAAAUAUAAAUAAUAUGAUAUAAAUUAGUAGUAUGAAACAAAAAUUUGAUCAAGAUGAGAUGCAUAAAAUAUUGACAUUAUGCAGAAUGUCCCAUUUCUAAUUUGCAUACUCUUACUUGCAUAUGUUUUGACGAAUUCGAUUUUAUAUUUUAUAUGUAGCAAGAACUUUAUAUAAAAUUUCUCAAUUAAAAAAUUUUAAUAAUAAUUAUCUUGAUAAUUAAUAAUUACAGUAAACUGACCUCAUAAAUUUCUAAUAUAUUGUAUUUUAAAAAAUAUAAGAAUUAAUUACAUUCAUAAAAAAUAAAAUGAGCAAAGAAAGCUAUGACAGAAUAUUUUUUACGAGACAUUCUGUAUGAAAUAUGAAAAUUUAUAGAAAAUAGGAGCAAGAGUAGAAUGGUAUAAUUGAUACAUUUCUAUUUCAAUUGAUAAAAUUUAUAAUUUUGCAAAAACGCAAACACUUUUGCAAUCCAGCUCGGAAACUGUAAUAUUUUGUAAUGUAACUUACCUCUCUCUUCUAUUCUAUAAUAAAUUCAUUUGUUGAAAGCGCGGUUUUUUAUUUAAAGAUUUCGCAUUUUCCAACGCAUUGUACGAUGUAAUAGCAAUCUGUCGAUGUUUAUAUUUUCAUUUAUAGUCUAGAUCUGUAAGAAUAGUGUAAUAUGAAAAAUAUAUUAAUAAGCUACAUCUGCUCUAA